UGUUGCUUGCUCCUCUCUUCCUCCUUCAUUGUAUUGAGUUUCUGUGUGUUUCCGAUCGGCCUCAUUCAUUCUCGCACUCUCACUCUUUCUCACUGUGCUUGUGAAAAAGCCUGACUGAAUGAAACUAAGUAUUAGGCUAAUGAUACUAACAGAGGCUCAAACCAACCAUCCUCCUUCCGAUAGGAUUUGAUUUGAGUUAAGGUUCUUUUAAGGGAAGGAAGGAAGGUAAGGGUCAGAGUGCGUCGGCAUUGGCAUUUCGGACAAAAAAGAAAAAAAGAAGAUGAAGAUGGGCAACAAGAAAGAGGUGAUUCGAUUAGAGCGUGAAUCCGUGAUUCAAGUUCUCAAGCCCAAACUCAUCAUGACCUUGGCCAACCUCAUCGAACAAAGUUCUGACCGGGCUGAGUUUCUAAAGCUCUGCAAGAGAGUCGAGUACACAAUUCGGGCUUGGUAUCUCCUACAAUUUGAAGAUUUGAUGCAACUAUAUUCCCUCUUUGACCCUGUACACGGGAGUCAGAAAUUGGAGCAACAAAAGCUUUCUCCUGAAGAAAUUGAUGUACUUGAACAAAAUUUCCUCAAGUACUUAUUUCAGGUGAUGGAAAAGAGUAAUUUUAAGGUUGCAACUAAUGAAGAAAUUGAGGUUGCACAGUCAGGGCAAUAUCUUCUAAAUCUUCCCAUCGUGGUUGACGAGUCUAAGCUUGACAAGCAUCUUUUGAAGAAAUACUUUGACAACCAUCCUUACCCAAACAUGCCAGAUUUUGCUGAUAAGUACAUUAUCUUCAGACGCGGAAUUGGACUAGAUAAGACAACCGAUUACUUUAUCAUGGAGAAAGUGGACAUUAUCCUUGCACGUUUCUGGGCAUAUAUUUUACGAGUGACUAAGGCUGAAAUGUUUUUUUCGAAAAGGCCAAGUGUACAAUGCGAGAAGGAUCCCAAAAAGGAUGAUGAUCUUAUCGCUGAACAAGAUGAAGCGGACUUGUUUGUUGAACGAAUCCGUCUUGAAAAAAUGCAACUAAGUAUUCCAAAUUUGCUGGGCAAGAACACAAUCCAAGAGCCAACUUUUGAUAGGAUUAUCGUUGUUUACAGGCGAGCAAAUAGUGGAUCCGGAGAUCAAGCAGAACGAGGAAUAUAUGUUAAACAUUUCAAACAUAUUCCAAUGGCUGAUAUGGAGAUUGUUCUUCCUGAGAAGAAGAACCCAGGAUUAACGCCAAUGGACUGGCUCACGUUCAUUGGCUCUGCUGUAGUUGGGCUGGUUGCUGUUGUUACUUCGCUUGAAAUGCCUAAAGUUGAUCUUUGGGUCAUUUUUGCAAUUAUUUCCACUGUGAUUGGUUACUGUGCUAAGACAUACUUCAGUUUUCAGCAGAACUUGGCUCAAUAUCAGAACUUGAUAACACAGUCCAUGUAUGAAAAACAACUGGAUAGCGGAAGGGGUACUCUUCUUCACUUGUGCGAUGAUGUGAUUCAACAGGAAGUGAAGGAGGUGAUCAUUUCUUUUUAUAUAUUAAUGGAACAAGGGAAAGCUACUUUACUGGAUCUGGAUAAGUGGUGUGAAGAACUAAUCAAAGAACAGUUUAACGACCACUGUAAUUUCGAUGUGGACGAUGCAGUUCAGAAGUUGGAGAAAUUGGGAAUUGUUACUCGGGAUACCCUUGGACGGUAUAACUGCGUUGGGCUGAAACGUGCUAACGAGAUCAUUGGCACCACCACUGAGGAGGUUGUCCUUAAGGCAAAACAAGAUGCCACUGUUACUGCUUGAUCAAUCUUUAUUCUUGAUUCUUGUCAUGUUGGCAAACUGAACAAGUUACUUGGGCUGCACGCGAGGAUGAUUCUGCUUUCUCAAAACAGCCCUUGUCCUUCAGUAGGCUACAAUCCUAGAUCAUUGUAUUGUCUCUCAGAUGAGAUGGAUGGAAGAUUUUUAACUCUCUUUUUUUCUUUU